AUGGACGACUCGCCGCGAUCUUCUAAGCGGAGAAAGCUCGAUACCUCGGAGCGCACCGAACCGAGCCCAUCAACAAAGCCGUCGACACGGAAAGUCUCUGGUAGGCUUGCGACCAAAUCCGCCACAACUACGAACGGCGACACUGCACAGGAUGAGGUCAAGAAGCCAGCACCAGUACGCAAGGGUCGAUUGACCAAGGGCGCAACAAACGGCACACCAGCCAAGCGUGCAGCAGCGGCAGAAGAGAUUGAUGUCUAUGAUGAUAUCGAAGGCGCAUUGAACGUUGCAGCAUCCUCGCGACCAGUCCGAGCCCGCAAACCGACAGAGAAAGCAUCCAAAGAGAACACACCAAUUGCUGCGCACAACAAGGAGGAGAUACAAACAGCCAUCCCGCCCAAGCGAGGAAAGGGGCGACCUACGAAAGCGGAAGUCGCAAGUCGGAACGCUUUGAAAGAGGCAAGCGAUGCAAAGGGCGAAUCGCAAGAUACUGUCACGCCUGCGAAGGCUGCCCGAAAGCCAGCUGCGUCUGCGCGCAAACCAGCAGCUCCACGAGCAAGUGCUCGGAAGAAGAAAGAGCCUAGCCCUAUCGCAGAAGAGGAUGAAGAAGCAGAUGAGCUGCAGAACAACACCAAGGCCACUAAGAUCUCGAGGCCACGCUCGAUACGGAAGCCAGCGACCGGUACAAGGAAAAAGGCUACAGCGCUGGAAUCAGAGUCGGAAGAGGCAAUUGCAGCGACGCCCUCCAAGUCGGUCAAGCGACGAAAGCCUGUAGGAGAACAAGCAAUCAUACCGGAGAGCGCCGACGAACUCGGCGACGGCUCUCCCACAACCAACAGGAAGCUGACUGCUAGUGAACGAAGACGCUUUAACCGCACCGAUCAUAUCGCCAACAAUGAUGAAGAGCGCUGGUCGAAUGCCGAAGACCAGGCCAACGGACACGACGAGGACGAGAUGGAUGUAGACGGGAACAGCCUCCUGGAUAGUGUGCUGGACCCCACAGAACCGAGUCCUUUCAAUAAGCCUACUUUGGCUCAGAAAGAGAAGCUCACGCCCUCGGUCAUCUACAGUAACCUGGCGCCUGGUCGUGAGCUUGAUCUACUCAAGACAAUUGUCAUGGACCGUAUUACUGGCAAACGUCCUUCACCUCUGGUUGGUUUGGACGAUGAGUAUAAGUCUGUGUACCAACUUGUCGAACAGACCAUCACCGCUGGUGAAGGCAACUCAAUGCUUGUCAUUGGAGCUCGGGGCAGCGGAAAGACGGCGCUCGUAAACAAAGUCCUCUCUGAAGUCUCCAAAGAUAACGGUGGCCAAUAUCAUGUCGUACGACUCAACGGCUUCGUUCAUACAGACGACAAGAUCGCACUGCGAGAGAUUUGGCGUCAGCUGGGCAAGGAGAUGGACAUCGAAGAGGAUAGGAGUGGGCCAGGAAAAAACUACGCGGACACAUUAGCGACGCUGCUCGCUCUACUUUCUCACCCAUCGGAACAGACUGGCGAAGUGACUGACGAGGUCGCCAAAGCUGUCGUCUUCGUAAUGGACGAGUUCGAUCUCUUCGCUCAACAUCCCCGCCAGACAUUGCUCUACAAUCUCUUCGACAUCGCACAAUCACGAAAAGCGCCCAUUGCGGUAUUAGGACUGACGACACGUAUCGACGUGACUAACAGUCUCGAGAAGCGAGUCAAGAGUCGCUUCAGCCAUCGCUAUGUGCAUCUCAGGCUAGCAACAACUUUUACUGCGUUCCAGGAAACAUGUAAGACCUGUUUGUCAAUACAGCCGGAGCAACUGAGCGUCGAGGAGAGAGGUAUAUUAGAAGGCGGUACCAAGAGUACACCGGCAAAGAAGGCAAAGAAGAACGACACGAAAGAAGAUGCGCUAUCACAGUGGAACGCCAACAUAUCCGAACUCUUCUCAUCGCGCUCUUUCCUUACCCAGCAUCUUGCGCCGUCCUUCUACCUCACAAAGUCCGUCCCACAAAUCCUAACCUCCUUUCUCCUUCCCACCGCGACACUUUCUCCCACCACACCCUUCCAACCCGCCAACGUACUUAACUCUCCGGACUCCAAAUUGUCCCUCAUUCCCUCACUAUCGCAGCUAUCUCUCUCCCUUCUUAUCGCUGCCGCAAGAUUGGAUAUCAUCCACGACUCCGACACAUGCAAUUUCAACAUGGCCUACGAUGAAUACGUCACUCUCGCAUCACGAGCCCGCAUUCAGUCAGCAGCCGGCGGACUGAGUUCGAGUAGCGGAGCGAGCAAAGUCUGGGGCAAAGAUGUAGCGAGACGAGAAUGGGAGGGUCUCGUGGACCUGGGUUUGAUUAUGCCGGUCAUACAAGGACAGGUUGGCGCUUUUGGUAUGGUGAGAUGUGAUGUUGCUUUGGAAGAGGUGGGUGAGGUGUUGAAGGGGAUCAAGGGUGGGGACAAGGGCUUAGAGAGGUGGUGUCGAAGUAUUUGA